AUGAAGCUCGCAUUUCCACAAGUAGCCCAUGCAGCUACUCGAACAAGCUUAGGAGAAUCACUAUGCAAUAAGAACUAUACAGCACGAUCCCUAGGGACGUCCCUCCUCCGAAGAUCUCCGCUUGUAUCAUAUCACCAGCAUCGAUCCCGGUCACUAUGCGCCAAACGACACAGCAGCAAUGCAGCAGCACCUCAGCUAAAGAAAUCCAACACAAAUACAAAUGAACCCCAAAAAUCAACACCCAUCUCUAUAUCCGAUCAAGUCCGUCUCCUCAUGCGACGAGUCCCCUACCCAGUCGCCAUCAUAACAGCAACAGACCCCUCUGGUCCGGCUGAUACCUCCUCUUUCCGUGGAAUGACAGUCUCAUCUUUCAGUACUGUCACUCUCACACCACACCCUGUCAUAUCGUUUAAUGUGCGCCGGCCGUCAGAGACGCUAAAUGCCCUGCUUGCCUCGGGCCGGUUCCUGGUUCACUUACUAGCUCCAGGUCCUGCCACAGCAACACUAGCGAGGGACUUUUCCAAGGGGAAUACUACGCUGGCUGCUAUGUUGAGUGGACAUGGGGAGUUUGAGUUUGUGGCUUUGGAUGCUGGGGCUGAAGGAGACCAGAGACCACUUCCUGUUCUAAGGCGGAGGGGCGAGGCGCUGGCAUUCGAGCAGAAAAGUGCUGAUUUCCCUUUUGUUUUCGAGUGUGAGCUUCAUCCUAGUAAGAUUGAGGUUCAUGAUCACUCUAUUGUGCUCGGCACUAUUGUGAGAACGAUUGAGGGUUCGGAUUCUGUUGCUUCGGACUUGGAUGAGCAGUCGCCUGACCGGCUGUGUCUGACUUAUGCCAACACUAAGUUUUGGAAGAUGGGAAGUGAGGUUUGA